GCCACGGAAGCUUCACAGCAACUGUCAUUUCACGAAGCCUUCUUCUCACCGAAUCCCCAGUUUCACUCUCAACACUUCUCAACCACACACAGACAGAAUCCUCCAACCAACAAAAGAAAUGCCACGAAGAACCCCCACCCCCAACCUCACCACCCUAACCUCAAAGCUCGAAUCGGCCUCGACCCGCCUCCGCAAAAGCUUCAAAUACACCGACGACAACAGCACCGACGAUGACAUCCCAGAAGUGAUGGACGAACAAGAACAAGAAACCCUCAUCACAACCCUCACCACCCGCAAUGCCCACUCCAACACCCUCACCCUCCGCCUCCUCCUCACCCUCCCCGUCCUCUCUUCCCUCCCCUACCUCCUUUUAUUCCCCACAUCUCCCCCCAUCUUCCCCCUUCUAGCCCUCUCCUCCCUAUCAUCAACCCUCUACCUGCUGUACACCCUCCCCGUCACCUCGACAGGCUUCAACGCCCUCGACAAACCACCCCCCAGCAUCCAAGGGAAGAUAAUCCAACCGCCAGUUGCCAAGUCCCCGUUGGAAGAGUACCUCCCCUGGUUGAACUUGUUGCUAGUGACAGUACUAGCAUUAAUGGGCUUAGUGCAAGAGAAAACAGGAAAAGGUGGGGGGCCUCACCCGGUAUUGCUAGGCGUGCUACCGGGCGUGGUGUACGGCGUUUGUGUUGCAACAAAAAAGACGAUGGCGGGGGUGGAUGUGGAAAAGGAGUUGGGCCGGUUGAGGUAUGGGUAUAAGGGUGCUUGAGUUUUACACAUUCAUACAUUACAUACGUCUAGAAAGAUAUCA